AUGGACAGGAGCCCCUGCGAGGUGGCCGCCAGCAGCACUGCGCGUGAGGAUGGUGCGGGAAGCCUGGACCCCACAGCGCCAUCCCCUGAGGAGGGGCCCUCGGAGGGCCAGGGUGCGGAGGCUGGGGAGGACCCUGCGCAGCCCCACACGCUCUACCUGGGGAACCUGAACCCGCGCUACUCGCCCGAGGUGCUCUGCUGCAUGCUCAAGGACAUCCUGGGCACGGCGGGCCUGGCCCUGCAGCGGCACCACAUCGAGGUGGUGAAGAAGCCCAGGCAGGCCUACGCGCUCGUGCAGCUCGGCGGCGCAAUGAGCCUCCAGCACAUCGCAAAGCAGCUCCUGGUCGCUGCCGACAUGGAGAAGAGCCUCAUCAGGGAGCUGGUGGUCAAGGGGAAGACGCUGCUGGUGGCCGAAGGCGGGCACAGAGCACGGAGCUCCCAGGAGGACAGGGAGGAGAUCGUGGGCCAAGAGCGCCUCUUCUACGGUGCCUUCAUGGGCAGCGAGACCAGGAACGUGGAGUUCAAGCGGGGCAGCGGGGAGUAUCUGCUGGGCACCCUCAAGCAUCACGUCCGCAAGUAUAUGUGCGCCUUCCUCAACAGCGAGGGCGGCAGCCUCUUCGUGGGCGUGGAAGACACAGGCUUCGUACAUGGCGUCCGCUGCGGGCACCGGGAGGAGGACCGCAUCCGCUUGCUUGUUGACUCCAUCCUCAAGGGCUUCAAGCCGCAGGUGUUCCCCGACACCUACAGCCUGACCUUCAUCCCUGUGGUGAAGGCGGGGGACCCGGGCACGUGUCUCAAGGUGAUCCGGCUGAGCGUGCGGGGGCCGCAGCCUCAGGCCGAGCUGCUGCUCUAUGAGACGGACCAGGGUGAAGUUUAUCUGCGCCGCGACGGCAGCGUGCAGGGGCCGCUGUCCGGGAGYGCCAUCCAGGAGUGGUGCCGGCAGAAAUGGUUGGGAGAAUUGAAGAAGCUGGAGGAGAAGAUAGAGGCGCUGCUGAAGGAGAAGGAAARUCUUCUGCAACAACUCAACCAGCUGCAGAGCUCACAGCCCAGAUCCAAAGUCUGCACCGUUGUGUGA